AUGAUGCUGCUUGCGUCAAGUGUGUGUCUUACGAGCAUGCUAGCAGCGACAGCUGACGAUAGCAAUCCAGAGGAACAGCGGAGCGUAGACAGCAGCAGUGCAGAAGAAAACCUCCAGCGGAGAAGUCGAGCAAAAAGCGGCGCCUCCGCUGGACACAAUAAGCCAGAGGUCCAGCCUGCAGGUGCGGAGGGAAAGAAGAAGGGGAAAGCUGACGCGAAGCAACGAGAAAGACAAGAAGAGGACGAUAAAGGGACACGUAAAAACAAGAACGAAGAGCAGCACGGAGAAGAGGACGGUUCAAGUCCACGGCCGAGAUGCGCACAGACCUCAGAGACGCCGUCAAUGGCGCCAUUAGCCUCAUUGCUGGCCUUAGUGUACGUACCUGCCUUUGCGACGCUGUGCGGCCGCCUCGCUGCUGGCUUGUGCACAAAAGAGUACGAGGACGCUGUGGACGUAGGCGACUUUCGAAGGCGUAAAGGUACCAGCUAUAUGUACGUGUUUGGCCUGUAUGCAAAACGAUGGGCGGAUCGGCUGUGUCACACGGAGGAAUGGCGCGUGCCUUCGGGCAGAAGUACCCGCCUCCUUGUGGAACACUUGCUCCGGCUGUGGAGCAGUGUUCCGUAUGUACCUAUGCUCGUCUGCCCGUCGUCACUCUUCCCAUAUAACCCGACGCUCCCCUGGCCGAAGCGUGAGAAUUUAAAAAAGGGGGAUCUAUUACGCGAUGUACUGGACACCGGCAUUCUCACGGUCGCCGGCGUCGGCGGCGCCUCCCUUUCCAGUGGGCAAGUGCAACUUACCGUGGCAAAAGACCGGGGAGACGAGGGGAACUACAACCGAGCCGAACCCACAGGGUUUUUCCCGGACUACCUGCGGGCCAUCGCUGAUACUAUCGAGAAGCAGUACAACGCGCCUAUCCGGGUCCGUUGGCUAUUCUACCCUAGUGUGGAGAGCGCACAAGCGGGGGUGUUGCGAGGAGAGGCUCACAUGACGGACAUCUACUUUCUACUCGCUCAUUCUACCCCGGGGGAGCCACAACCGUUGGCACACUUCUAUAGCACGUGCCCGGUUGUGGGCUCUCCCGUGCUGCUUAUUGUGCGCGAGUCACCAUCCUUUGCUGGAUCGGAGAUCAGAGACCUCGUCUCUCUUAACCGGAGCAUUAGCCGCGCGAAGACUGCAGAGACGACGCAGCUGCUUGCCGCAGAGAAGGAGCUCAGCGAAACGGCUGCCGACAGGCAAAUCGUCUUUGUCUCAUCCGAGCUCGCUACGACCGUGCGCCAUUGCCUGUCCCCCCUGGCACUGACUGGAUUCGCCGAGGACUCGAGCCAAGCGGCCCAACUCGUGUUGGACGGAAAUGCAUUGGCGGUCAUCACAACAGGAGUACUACCUCGGCUUCACCCUUUACUUCGAGUCGUGAGCGCUCACAUACUGCUCGGAAAAGGCGCCUGGAUUGAACGAACGUACUCGGUAGAGUGUGUUGAGGAAGAGCACGGGCUUGACUUGAGCGCGUAUGCGAGAGAACGACAGCCCGAAGAGAUGAAAAGAGUCUACGGAGGCAGCGCGGAUGCGAGUGGGAGCAAUGCUUCAGCGCAAGUCAAUUUUGGCGUCGUGCUAUCGGAGUCAGUCUAUGUCUGUCGCGUCUCGUCUUGCUUCCGAUUGCGAAAUGCGUGCUGCCAGGUGCCUCUCGCCGACACGGCGCCGCUGAGGGCUGAUCCCGCUAGGAAGCCCGUGAAGAGAGUCCACACCGAAACAGGGUACAUCUUACGUGCACGCGCACUACCCCCCACCACUCAAGUACGGGUACAGCUGCAGCUUGCCGAGGUGUUUCUUCUCCGCGGCGAUAUAAACGCCUUCAUACAUACCCGAGGGCCGCGGCGAAAAGCUUGUCUCAGUACGUUGGCCAGCCCCGCACGUGCGUCGAGGCCUGAGGGUACACGUGUGUACGUCGAGGAUAUCUGCGCAGGCAACUGUACCCACCUGAGCCCACAACGUUCUGUGAAGGGGCCGCCCCCCAAGAUCUACGGAAACUUUCCUCCGACACGCCGAGGCCAGCAUGUGGUGAAGCCCGGCAGCUGUUCGAGUCAUUUCCUUCACGCAGCAACAGCAAUCGAGAUUCCAGGUGGCAUGCAGAGACACACGGUCUCCAGCAGAUUCCUGAGGCAGCAGAAAGGACCUUCGAAAGGAAAAUAUACUUUGAGACAAGCACGUCCCAUCCCGCCGGGCGUGCGCGCGGUACGCCUUUCGCGAGACAGUGCGUAUACCGAGGCUUCUCCGCGUGUCCACACGCCUAGCCGCCUGGUGGGUCCUUCACAACUGCUGCUCGCCCCGCCGGAGCUCCUGCGGCGUUUACUGUUGCUGCAUUUCGGCCGCCGCAACCGCGCCAGACAAUCCGCAGAGGGCACCUUGGUGCUUUCUGAAACAAGGCACAUGCGGCGCGCCCCCCCGAACGGCAACAACAGCAGAAGUUGA